GACCCGCGGACGGAGGCGUUGAGGGGACGCGGAGGUCCUGGGCUCCGCGACCGAGGUAUAUCUCCAUGAAUAACCUGAAUGAUCCCCCAAACUGGAAUAUCCGGCCUAAUUCCAGGGCGGAUGGUGGUGAUGGAAGCAGAUGGAAUUAUGCCCUGUUGGUUCCAAUGCUGGGACUGGCUGCUUUUCGUUGGAUUUGGUCUAGGGAAUCCCAGAAAGAAAUAGAAAAAGAGAGGGAAGCCUGCCGUCAGAGAACUACUGCUUUUCAACAGGAUCUGGAAGCCAAGUACCACGCCAUGAUCUCAGAAAAUCGGCGUGCUGUUGCUCAGUUGUCCCUGGAACUCGGAAAGGAACAGAACAGAACAGCUAGUUAUCGAGAAGCCCUUCUCUCUCAGGGGCGCAAGUUGGUAGAAGAGAAGAAGCUUCUGGAACAGGAACGGGCCCAGGUGAUGCAAGAAAAAAGGCAGGUGCAGCCUUUGAGAAAUGCGUAUUUGAGCUGCCUGCAAAAGGAAGAAAACUGGCAAAGGAGAGCCAGGCUUUUGCUGAAAGAGUUUGAAGCUGUCCUCACGGAAAGACAGAACAUCUACUGCAGUCUGUUUCUUCCUCGCAGCAAGCGGCUGGAGCUGGAGAAGAGCUUACUGGUGCGAGCGUCCGUCGACCCCGUUGCUGCGGACCUAGAGAUGGCAGCCGGUCUCACCGACAUAUUUCAGCACGAUACAUACUGUGGUGAAGUCUGGAACACCAACAAACGCCAGAAUGGCAGACUCAUGUGGCUCUAUCUCAGAUACUGGGAACUGGUUGUGGAACUAAAGAAGUUUAAGAGAGUAGAGGAAGCCAUACUAGAAAAGUAAGACAAGGAUGAAAUAAAACUGCUUUUAGUGACGCGAGGCCGGCAGUCAUGAGCCUUCUGGGCCUCUGGCGUCGUCUGUCCCUUGCUGCCUGUGCCAUGGCCACACCGCCACCCUUCAGCAGCGACCUCCACUCCCGCCACCCUCGGAGCAGAAGUGCCCGAAGCCUCAGAGACGGAGGGCUUCCUCCUGACGCUCUGCAGCUGCUGGGGAUGUGGUUUCUCUGAAGCAUUUGUAAGCUGCCCGUAUUGUAUC